CCUCAGUUGUUCCAGGGUAAAGAAUUUGGGCAGUGCCCACACCCACGCUGUUGGACAUUUCUUCACCAUAUCAGUGAGGGUGUAUGUGUCCACGCCCAGCUUCCUGGCUGUUACUCUCCACAGUAUGCGAAGAAUGUCCCUGACUUGUAGCCCGGUGCGCCUUCUUUCCCUUCUACUGUUGCUACUAACAGCCUUGGAGAUCAUGGUUGGUGCUCACUCUCUUUGCUUCAGCUUCACUAUAAAAUCAUGGUCCAGACCUGGACAGCCCUGGUGUGAAGCGCAGGUCUUCAUGAAUAAAAAUCUUUUCCUUCAGUAUGACAGUGACAGCAACAUGGUCAAGCCUCUGGGCCUCCUGGGGAAGAAGGUAAAUGCCACCAGCACGUGGGGAGAUUUGACCCAAACGCUGGGAGAAGUGGGCCGAGACCUCAGGAUGCUCCUUCUUGACAUCAAACCCCAGAUAAAGACCAGUGGUCCUUCCACUCUGCAGGUCGAGAUGUUUUGUCAACGUGAAGCAGAACGAUGCACUGGUGCGUCCUGGCAGUUCGCCAUCAACGGAGAGAAAUCCCUCAUCUUAGACGCGAUGAAAAUGACCUGGACAGUAAUUAAUCAUGAAGCCAGUAAGAUCAAGGAGACAUGGAAGAAAGACAGAGGGCUGGAAAAAUAUUUCAGGAAGCUCUCAGUGGGAGACUGUGAUCACUGGCUCAGGGAAUUCUCAGAGCACUGGGAGGCGAUGCCAGAACCGACAGUGUCACCAGUAAAUGCUUCAGAUAUCCACGGGUCUUAUUCUAGCCUACCAGAUACAUGGAUCAUCCUGGGGGCAUUCAUCUUGUUAGUUUUAAUGGGAAUUUUUCUCAUCAUCUAUAUCAGGUGGCAAAAAGGUGAGUGGCAGGCUGGUCUCUGGCCGUUGAGGAUGUCUUAGUCUGGUAAGGACUCGAGAGAGGUGAGCCAUGGG